ACUUUGUCUAUAUAGUAGAAAGUUACUAACUAAAGAGUGAAGCAGAAAGAAUUGCCAUUUCUUUGUGUAUGCCAGCUGUGUUCAGACACACACACUACUCAAGCUAUGAUUGUUGCAGACUACAAACAAAGUUCUGAUCAUGUUUUUCAGAGUUGAAUUUUAAACUGCGUUCUUGGGGUGUGAAGGAGGAAGUAAAAUUGAGUCCCACUCAACUUUGUCCUGUAUUAAAACACUCCUAAUUAAAAUGGCAUAAAGUCUCCCAGCUACUGUUUGUGUGCAGGCCACUUGAAAAACUCCUCCAGUGCUGUUUGCUGUAACUUCUUAUGGAUUUGUUGAAUGUAUUUAUUCUCUGGUAUUAACACCUGGCAGAAAGGGACUAUAAAACACCUUAAUCCCAAGCAUUUUUGUUUCACAAGCUGGAAAGUUAAAGGGAUGCUUAAUGCUUUUAAUUCCAACCUGCCCUCGCUGUAGCUUUAUUUUUCUUCUAGGAAAAACUUUUUUCUGCUACGCUUUCUCCAGUUUCUGUACAACAGAUACUUUUACCUGGAAAACCACUUUCUUAUCUCCUUAUUCCACCAAAGAGUGGAAAAAAGAUUUCUGUGGUAACGGAACUAAACCUACAAAACCAGAACAGCUAAACUUGUGAAAUUCAAGCCAACAGAAGGCAUUAAAAGCACAAGCUCACAAGGAACUAAACAUUGCCUCGCUGUUCCCAUGUGUGGCUGCCUCUAUGUCAUUGCUUCCCUCCUGCAGAAGGUGGGGACACAGCUAGCUUUGUCUAUAGAAUCACAGCUCAGCCUCAAAUAACUGGGCAGGAAACUGUCCGUACCUCUGGGGCUGGUGAACUGAACUGCAGCCCGUGUGUGUGCUUCAAGGCACCCAGAGAAUGUUUCAGCUCCUAAGAAAGUGUUUAUGAAAGUUCCAUUAUCCAUGUAGCAGUUGUUGAACAUGAACCAAACGUGCAACCUCAGAAAACUCAAACAACAAAUAGAGAGGCAAGUAUACUCUGCCAAACCAAAGUGCUGCUCAGCCAAAUCUCCCGCAUGGGAAACACCGACAAAGAUACGCCUGGCAGCUGUAGCUGCAGUCCCACCCCACUCCAGGAACUCAGCACAAGAACUUUCCUAAAUUCCAGUAGAGUCUACAAGGCCGGGGGGGGGAAAUCCCUUUUAAGGAGGCAUUUCAUGACACUCAAGUUGUACAUGGACAAAGGAGGCACAAGCUACUUACAUGGUUCUGUUCCUUUCCUUGUUCUGAGCUUCUGCACCAGUUGUUUACCAAAAAUAAACCCCAUUCCACAACCAUAUAUGUGCAACAGCCUGCUGGUGAGUGUGAACCCCACCCCCAGCACUGCUAUUACUCCAUCCAGCCAAGACACUCUGCCACUGCUGCUGGGCAAUGCACAUAACCCAGCUCAACCGGGAAUGCUUUUUACAUAUCUUCUCUUUUCUGGACAAAAACAGUAGGAAAAAUCUAGCAAAAACAUGUCACAAGCUACUAGAAGUGUUUCAGGAUCCUUUAUUGUGGUCUUUGUUGAACUUUCAUUCUCCAGUGGAGCUAAAGAAGGAUAAUUUUGUCCUGGGACCUGCUUUAAAACACUUAUCCAUCUGCUGGUAUUCAGAGAGAGUCAAGAUGUGUAACAUUGAGGACUGGAUGAAAAACAGUUUCCAGAAAGACUUCUGUAAGAGGCAUGAGAACACUGUCAGUGAUUUUUUACUAGACGUUUGCAACAGAUGUCCAAAUCUGCUGUCUGUGACCCUCUCUGGAUGUGGCCAUGUUACAGAUGACUGCAUUUUGCAGCUUCUCAAGAACUGCCCAAACCUGAAGAGCCUCAAACUGGAGAACUGUGUGCAGAUCACUGACCACACCCUGCAGGCAGUGACCCUCCAUGGAGCAUCACUGCAAACGCUCCAUGUGGAUUUCUGCCGCAAUGUAACACAAGCUGGGCUCCAGAGAGUCAGGGAAAAGUGUCCUUCAGUAAUGCUGAGAGCAGAGAGAAGUGCUAACAUGAUCCCAGACAGUAAGCCAGGAAAAAAGCUGAUGCUUGAAAAAGCAUCAAGAAAAUUGGUUCAGCUUUAAAGAGUAGGUAUUUUACCUCACUGAGGUAGCAAUGAACUGUCACUACUUCCAUGGGCUCUGAUCAAGUCCAAACAAACAGUUGUUUUGUAAUGGUUAAAGACAUGCAUCUCCUCCUGAAUGGGCUUCAGGAAAUAACUGUUUGCUCUCUGUUUUUCCUUGAAACUGGGAAACCCUGCAUUGCUGUCACAAAAUACCAGAUCUGCUGAAAACUGCAGUUCUGGUACCCUCGUGCUGCAGAUGCCCUCACUCAGGAGGGAAGCAGCAGUGUGUUUAUUGAGGCCAAAUAAUUUGAUAGAGUUCAAUAAAUUUUAUGAACUUUUAAGAAA